UCUUCGUGCGCAGGAGGCGCUGCGGGAGGAGCGGCUGCGGGCUGACCCCGUGGAAGCUGCGGGAGAAGGCUCAUUUUCUCCGGACAGCAGCGCGACACGGACCCGUCCUCCGCUCCCAGAUGAUGAGGUGACCUGCGAGCCGUCAGCAAUGGAGGACCUGUGGACAGUGGCUGUAGCUGUUUUCCAGCUGUGGAUGUUCGUGGUGGUGUUCCUCAUCAUGCUGCCCGCCAUGUUCGGCCUCUCUCUGGGCGUCACCAGCGUUUACAUCCAGAUCCUGGUCAAAAUCCUGGAGUGGGCCACGGUACGAAUCCAGAGAGGACGCCGGGAGCAGCCCAGUGUGCCCGCCCCCCUGCCCAACGGGAUCAUAGAGCGAGCGGAGGGCUCGAUGGAGGAGGAGAUGGAGCAGCUGCGGCACUCUCGGUCUCUGGAAGGCGGUGAGUUCGUUCUGAGCGACGCCUUGUAUUUCAGCAAGAAGGGAUUGGAGAGCAUCGUGGACGACCAGGUGACCCAGCGCUUCUCCUCCGAGGAGCUGGUCUCCUGGAACCUCCUGACCCGCACCAACCAGAACUUCCAUUACAUCAGCCUCCGCCUCACCAUCUUCUGGGGAAUCGGCGUCUUCAUGCGGUACUGCGUCCUCUUCCCUCUCAGGUCAAUCACUCUGGCAAUCAUCGGCCUGUCAUGGCUCGUGAUUGGAACGACUCUGGUCGGAUUUCUGCCUGAGAGCAGUGUGAAGCACUGGCUGAGCGAGCUGGUCCACCUGACCUGCUACAGGAUCUGUGCCCGGGGACUGUCGACCACCAUCCACUACCACAACAAGGAGAACAGACCUCAGAAGGGAGGGAUCUGUGUCGCCAAUCACACCACACCCAUCGAUGUGGUGAUCCUGGCCAAUGACGGCUGCUACCCAUGGUGAGUGUCAUCGACAGCAGCAUGUGGGCCAGAUUCACGAGGUCUAAUGGGGGUCAUCCAGAGGUCCAUGGUGAGGUCUUGCCCUCAUGUUUGGUUCGAGAGGUCGGAGAUGAAAGACCGCCACGCGGUGACCAGCAGGCUCAGAGCUCACGUAGCAGCAAAGACCAAACUUCCCAUCCUGAUAUUUCCUGAAGGAACCUGCAUCAACAACACUUCAGUCAUGAUGUUCAAGAAGGGGAGCUUUGAGAUCGGAGGGACCAUCUAUCCCGUCGCCAUCAAGUACGACCCUCGCUUCGGCGAUGCUUUCUGGAACAGCAGCAAGUACAACAUGGUCAGCUACCUGCUGCGCACCAUGACCAGCUGGGCCAUCGUCGUCAAUGUGUGGUACCUCCCACCCAUGACCAUACAGGACGGGGAGGACGCCGUUCAGUUCGCCAACAGAGUGAAAUCUGCCAUCGCUUGUCAGGGAGGACUGCUCGACCUGGCCUGGGACGGAGGCCUGAAACGAGCCAAAGUGAAGGAUGUGUAUAAAGAAGAGCAGCAGAAGAUGUACAGCAGGGUCAUCGUCGGGCCUAACGGCACCAACGCCACGGAAACCCGCAGCGACCAUCAAUGAUGACACGGGCUCCGAUAUCAAUCAGGGGCACGUGUCUGAUCUUAGAGGACAUCAGAUCAGACUGUGUGGGUGCAGGAGAGCGUUUCCACCAGCAGGAGGCAGCGUGACACAACACAAUCACCCACCCAGCUGUUCAUCAUCAUCAUCAUCAGCUGGCAGGACUGAACUCUUCAUCACAUGGAUGUGGAUGGAUGCACCACAUCAGCUCUACUGUGUUUGAUUUUUCUAAUGUUGCACGAACAUCUGAACCCAAACCCAGACCACACACACACACACACACACACACACACACACACACACACACACACACACCACACAAUCACAUCUGCAGAAAAUAAUUAAAGGUCAGAGAAAAGUCCAAAGAGCUGCUAAAAAGGUGAUGCAGCCAAAAUAAUAUUUGUCCAUAAACUAAAAGGAGAAACUCAUUAAAAAGAUAAAUUUCACUUUUUUUAGUAUUUCUGACCAAACUUGAUGAAUAUUUUAUACUCGCCAUCGUGAGAUGAUGUAACGCAGGGUUCUGAGGGUCAGAGGUCAAUCUAGGAGUCUACCCACAUUUUUAUUCUGGUUUUAUUUUAAACUGUGAUUUUUGUCUAAGCUGUGAACGUUUCUGAUUGGUCGGUUCGGCUCUUCUGCUGUGGCGCCCGCGCUCGAUCAAACUGGACCAAAAACGGCGGCGUUUCCACCGGCAGGUGUUCUUCAUCGGUCUGCAGAUGUUCCCGUUAAAGAGGAGCAGAUGUGGGAACGUUCACGCUGAACUGUCAGCAGGUUUGAACCAGUUCCUCUUCAAGGCCUUUAAAAGAUUCUUACUGUGAUUUUAAAGAUAUCAUCUCAGACAUUUUUAUAACAUUUCUGCUGAAACUUUUAUAAAAUAAUCACAUGGAUAUUCAGAAUGCAUGAUUUUAUUACCUGGAAGAAUAUAAAUAUGUUAUCACAAUAAUAAACCUUUGGAGGAAAACAAAGAUUUGAAGGUUAUUCUGAGAUGGACUCGAGUACAGUUUGAAGUAUUCAGAUUACUGUACUCCAUGCGUGUUCAUUUUUGUACUGUUUGAAAAUGUUGUGGGUUUGAACACCUGCACCUGUUACGUGACGCGUUAAAGAGGACGUGAGGUCGCGCCGCCCCUCAGAGUCGGGUCUGAGGGCCUCGGCGUGCGGAGGA